UUAGUCUGAAAUUCAACUUGGCAGCGAACGGUUUGUGUUGUUUGGGUCGACCUCAAAGACACACAAAAUACAAAAAACGCUACUCGCUCUCGCGCCGAUCUGAUCAACAAAAAAAGAUACAAACGCGACGCGACUCACUACGCACACAACGACAAGAAAAUAAAAUAAAACACAUGCUGAGAAAGUCGCGAACCGCAAUUUCUUCUGAUUAACAUCUGGAUCUGGAUAUUUAUAUAUAUUUUUUUUCGGUUACACACACACACAUACACACAUUUGUGCAAUUGCAUUUUGUGAAAAUCAAAAAUAAAAAAAACAAAAAGGAAUAAAAAGCUGCAAGAUACAUGCUGCAAAGUGAAAAGAUAUGCUGCCGGCGUCGCAGUCACAGUCGCUGCCGACGCGCGCAGUGAAUUUGUGCCGCCUAACAAAAAAUAUGUUGCUAGAGUUGUCGUCGCCGUCGCGUUUUAUGUAAGCCGAAGAAGAAGAGUCAAAAGCCGACGGUUGUCCCCCACCCCCAACACUCCCCCUCCGCCACCCACGCAUAUCGCGUGUACAGGUGCUUGGCCUAUGCAACAAAAACAAAAACGCGUUUGAAAAUAAACUAAAAAACCAAAAAAUACUGACUGCAUUUAAUUGUGAGCCGACGUCGCCGUCGACGCAGCCGUUGCAGCGAGUGUGGAGUAUGUACUAAUUAUUGCUCUCGUGCACGAAACGCUCAUUUACACGCCUCAGUCGCAGUCGCAGUCUCACACACACACUACAUACAUAUACACACACAAACACACACACACGCAACACAACACACUGACACUUUUGAGGCUGACGCUGACGCUCGGCGAGACAUUUUUUGUUGUUGUUGUGUACAUUCUUCUUGUAUGUUUUCUUGUUGUUGUUCUCAUUGUGUUGUUUGCAACAAAGUUUUACGUUAAUUUUGCCUGUUUAUAUAUUGUAUGUACUAUAUAUAUUUGUAACCCCGUAAAACGUUUCUGUUUUUGUGUGUGUUUUUGGUUUUGUUAAUCAACUGAAAAAGCAGCAAAUCAAAUGCAACAACAACAAUAAUAAUAAAAAGCAACGCUGCAGCAAUAUGCUGCCAACAACAAUAAAAACAAUCAGCAGCCGCAGCCACAGCAGAGCAGUCGAAGUCGCAGUCGCCGUCACAACAACAGCAGCCAACAACAACAAAACAUCGCUGCCGCCUUCGCUGUCGUCGUCGUCGCUGCUGCCGUCGUCGCUGACGUCGUCGCCGCCGCAUGCAUACUAUUAAUUUAUUAUACAAAUUGUUUUUAUUUUAAAUAAUGGAUCGUCGUGCAUUGAAGUUUAUGCAAAAAAGAGCGGACACUGAAAGCGAUACGACAGCAACAACAAACACAUUGACAUUAUCAUCAUCAUCAGCAGCAGCAGCAGCAUCAUCAACAACCACAUCAACAACAGUAGCAGCAGCAGCAGCAGCCGUAGGAGCAGCAAUAACAACCUUAGCAGCAGCAACGACAACAACAACAACUACUGCACAACCCUUGAAAGAUAACUCGAAUAUCAGAGGCAGUGCUAAGUUGCAAGCAGCGGCAGCAGUACAAAAGCUACAGCAGCAGCAGCAGCAACAACAGUCGCAGCAGCAACAGCAGCAUAUUGUGAGUGUUGAGCGGCCCUUGAAGUGCCUGGAGACGCUUGCGCAGAAAGCGGGCAUCACAUUUGACGAGAAAUACGAUUUUGCUAGUCCCCCCCAUCCGGGAAUAGGCGCAACCACGCCCACUCAUAACAACAACAACAAUAAUAACAGCAGCAAUAACAACAACAACACGCAGCUUAACAACAAUAACGUCAAAAGCGGCACGCCCACUUCUAUAGCACAGACGCCGCCCUCAUCACGUCGUCAGACACCAACAUCAGUCGCAGCAGCAACAACUCCUGCAACAGCAACAGCAGCAGCAGCAGCCGCUGUACGUUCGCGUAGCGUAUCUCGUUCGCGCUCACGCUCCAGCACACCAACCUCACGUCCCGCAGUAGCAACAGCAGCAGCAGCAACAUCGAUUGCCGUUGCCGCAACCACAGCAGCAAUCUCAUUGACUACUGCAACAGCAGUGAGCGGUCAUCACAUCGUCGGCACGCUGGAGAAAUCACAGAGCCCCGCCCAACAGGUGGCAUCCGCUGCGGCGGUGCCACUGCAAAUCUCACCAGAGCAACUGCAGCAAUUCUAUGCCAACGGCCCGUAUGCUGCCAUCCAGGUGAAGCAGGAGUUUCCCACACACACCGGCGGCAACAACACAACCACCACCGAACUAAAGCAUGCGGCCAGUCUGCUGGAUGCCACACAGACAACGCAGCUGCAACAGAUGCAGUUGCAACAGUUGACGGGCGGCGAUGCAGCGGUUGCUGCUGCAGCAGCCGCAGCUGCCGCCGCCGCUGGUGCUGCCGGCAGUCCGGCGAAUGCGCAACAAACGGCGCUGCAACAGCAGGCCCAACAGCAGGUGCAACAGCAGCAGGCCCAGCAGCAGCAACAGGCCCAGCAACAGCAGCAGCAGCAACACUCCACGGCCAUUAGCACGAUGUCACCGAUGCAAUUGGCUGCCACGGGCGGUGUGCCCGGUGAUUGGGCUGCCGGACGCACUGUGCAGUUGAUGCAGCCGCAAAGUUUUCUGUAUCCACCCAUCAUGGUGUCGAGCAAUCUGUUGGGCCAGCAGCCGAUACAAGUGAUUGCGGCCAGCAAGCAUUUUCAGGGCAGCGGCCCACAGAUGAUAACGACAACCACACAGAAUGCCAAGCAAAUGAUUGGCGGUCAAGCGGGAUUUGCGGGCGGAACUUAUGCCAUACCAUCGAGUCAAUCGCCACAGACGCUGCUCUUUUCACCCGUCAACGUCAUUUCGCAUUCGCCGCAGCAGCAAACGUUGCUGCAAUCGAUGGCCGCAGCGGCCGCUCAGCAGCAACAGCAGCAGCAGCAACAACAGCAGCAACAACAGCAGCAGCAACAGCAGCAGCAGCAACUGACACAGCAGCAGCAACAACAGUUGACCGCUGCAGCCGCACAACAGGCCGCCGCCUUGGCGGUGAGUGCAGCGGCUGCCACCAAAGUGGGCGAUGGCACCGGCAAGUUGCAACAGAAGGUGGUGCAAAAGGUGACGACCACAACGAACACGGUGCAGGCGGCCAGCGGUGCGGCCGGCGGUGGUGUUGUCGCCCAGGCGCAGCAGCAGCAACAGCAACAGACGACAACGCAGCAGUGCGUUCAGGUGUCGCAGUCAACGCUGCCGGGCGUCAGUGCCGCUCAGGCAGCACAAUUGAUCAAUCCGCUGCAGGGCGGCGCCGCCGGUCAGCCGCAGCAGAUGCAGUUGGCGCCGUGGUUCUGGCAAAAUGGUUUGCAGCCCUUUGGCGCAAAUCCGAUUAUAUUGCGCGGCCAGCCGGAUGGAACUUCCAGCAUGUUUAUCCAGCAACCAGCGACGCAUCAGGCGCUGCAGACCCAGCAGAAUCAGAUCAUUCAGUGCAAUGUGACGCAGACUCCGACGAAGGCGCGUGCUCAGCUGGAUGCGUUGGCGCCAAAGCAGCAGCAACAGCAGCAGCAGCAGGCGACCGCCCAGCAAGCGCAACAGCAACAGCAGCAGUUGGCGACACAGCAACAAACGGUGGCGGUGGCCACGGCACAGUUGCAACAACAGCAGCUAACGGCUGCGGCACUGCAGCGCACCGGAGCACCCAUCUUGCCACACAAUGGGGCACAAGUGCGACCAGCCAGUUCGGUGUCCACGCAGACGGCACAGAAUCAAAGUUUGCUCAAGGCAAAGAUGCGUACGAAGCAGCAACCGGUGCGUCCUGCGUUGCCCACGCUCAAGACGGAGAACGGACAGGCGGCGGGCAAAGCGGGUGCGGGGCAGUUGACCGCAAAUGCCAGCAAUGCGUUGAGCCAACACUUGGCUGUGCAGCAGCAACAGCAGCAGGCGGCCAGUCUGCAUCAGGUGGUCACCACGGCGGGCAACAAAAUGGUUGUGAUGAGCACGUCGGGCACGCCGAUCACGCUGCAGAACGGACAAACGUUGCAAACAACCGGCGUGGAUAAGCAACAACAACAGCAGGCGCAGCAACAGCAGCAACAGUUGCAGCUGGUGAAGAACCAACAGUUGUUCCAGCAGCAGUUUAUGCAGCACCAAUUGACGCUGCAACUGCAGCAGCAACAGGCGCAACAGCAGCAGGCGCAGCAACAAGCGCAGCAGCAAUUAGCGCAGCAGCAAGCUCCACAGCAAGCGCAGCAGCAACAGCAGCCGCAACAGCAGCAAACACUGACGAAUGCAACGGCACAGCAAAUAUUGCAAGUGGCACCGAAUACGUUUAUUGCCUCGCAGCAGCAGCAACAGCAGCAGCAACAACAACUACACAACCAGCAAUUGCUGCAACAACUGCAGCAGGUGCAGCAACAGCAACAAGCAGCGGCCGCGCAACAGCAACAACAGCAGCAGCAACGCGAACAGCAACAAAAUAUCAUACAGCAAAUUGUGGUGCAACAAACUGCGGCAGCCAACCAGCAACAGCAAGCGCAGCAACAGCAACAGGCGGCACAGCAACAACAACAGGCGGCGGCAGCGCAACAAGCCCAACAGCAAGCACAACAGCAAGCGGCGCAGCAACAGUUGCAGCUAACGAGUGUCCCGUUCUCCGUGUCGUCGACCACAACACCUGCGGGCAUUGCCACCUCGAGUGCGUUGCAAGCGGCGUUAUCUGCAUCGGGUGCGGUGUUUCAGACCACAGCCAAGACGAGUAACUCGCUGCCCAGCAGCAGCGUUGUGACCAUCAGCAAUCAGACAACUGGGCCGCUGGUCACGAGCAGCACGGUGGCCAGCCUGCAGCAGCAGGCACAGCAACUGCAGCAGCAACAGCAACAGCUCAUCUCGGCCAGCAUUGCGGCGGCCACACAGCAACAGCAACAGCAGCAACAAGCACAGCAGCAAGCGCAGCAGCAAGCACAACAGCAAUUGGCUGCUGCUGCUGCUGCUGCAACGCCGCACACAACAACAUUGACUGCAGCGUCGCCCACACAGAAUCCCAUACUGGCGAUGACAUCGAUGAUGAACGCCACCGUGGGGCUGCCAACAACGACGCCGCCCGUGAGCAGCGCUGUGGUCAGCACGGCGCUGGUGACGCUCAGCAACAGCAACAGCAUUAGUACGUUGCAGGCAACACCCACCAAGGCAACCACAAUGACAACAGCCAGCAUACAGGACACGACCACGGUCAAGCAACAGCUGCCGCAACAACAGCAGCAGCAGCAGCAGACACAGCAACAACAGCAGCCACAAUUACAGCAGACGGCUACAUUGGUGCCAAUAGAGUCGCCAUUGCAGGCGGCAGCAACACAAGCAGCCGCAGCAGCUGCCGCGGCAGCAGCCACAUUGCUGGAGUCAAGCAAGGCUAGCGCUGAGGCGAGCAGUUCAACAACGGCAACGGAGACAACAUUGCUGAAUGGCGAUGCUGCUGAAGCGACGGCUGCCAAGGUGCCAACGACAACAGCAGCAGCAGCAGUAACCGCCACAGCAACAGCCACAGUUGCGGCGGCCAUGCAGAUGCCAGCGCUGAAGCAGAGCAAUGCAGUGUUGCCAAGCAGCAGCAGCAAUGAUAGCAAAAACUGCAGCAGCAGCACAGUGACAACCGUAAGCAGUACGGCGGCAAUCAACGGGAUUGCCAGCAGCGGGUUGCGUUCCAGCAUCACCACGACAACAACUAGCACCACCACUAGCAGCAGCAGCACAACGACAACAACCACGACGAACAGCAACAGCAACAGCAGCAAUGGUGCCAAGGAUCUGCCCAAGGCAAUGAUUAAGCCCAAUGUGCUGACGCACGUCAUCGAUGGCUUCAUCAUACAGGAGGCCAAUGAGCCCUUCCCCGUUACCAGGCAACGCUACACCGACAAGGAUGGCAAUGAUGAACCGCCCAAGAAGAAAGCCGCGUUGCAGGAGGAACUCAAGCCAACGGGUAUCAACAACAACAACAACAACGCAAGCAACAACACAACUGGCACGACAAAUGCAACAGCAACGGCGGCUGGUGGUGCUCUGGUUGCUGUGGGCACGCUGCCAGCCGAUAUGGUGGCCUGCGAACAGUGCGGCAAACCCGAGCAUCGAGCCAAGCUGAAGCGAAAGCGUUACUGCUCGCCUGGUUGUGCACGCCUGGCGAAGAAUGGCGGCGGCGUCGGUGGCAGCAACGGCAGUGCCGUUGGCAUGGUUGCACCGGAUGCUAUGGCUUUGGCCGACAAACUGGAUGAAUCUCUGGCCAAUGAGGAGAAGAUGCUAACGGAUGCAAUGACUCCAGAGCCAGCGGCGCCAAUUGUACUCGCCGAGUUGCCGCCAACGGCUGUCAUCUCGGUUACGGCAGCUGCAGCAGCAACACCCGUUGUUGCCACUGCGGCAGCGACACCCGCCACACCAGCAGCAGCCGUUGUUGCCGCUGUGCCGGUAGCAGCCACACCCAUGCCGAGCAGCAGCAGCGGCGGCGGCAGCAGUAGCUGCAACAACAGCAUUGUCGAACGUCCCAUUUGCAAUUGGAGUGUCGAUGAGGUGGCCGAAUUCAUACGCAAUCUGCCCGGCUGUCAGGACUAUGUGGAUGACUUUGUGCAGCAAGAGAUUGAUGGCCAGGCGUUGCUCUUGCUCAAGGAGAAUCAUUUAGUGCAUGCCAUGGGCAUGAAACUGGGGCCGGCGCUCAAAAUUGUCGCGAAAGUUGAGUCGAUGAAGGAGGUGAAUGUGAUUGCAGCAGCGGUGGCAAUCAAUGAUGCUGGCAAGGAGGCGGGCAUGGCGCAAUAGUGCCACAUGCCGCCAGCAACAAUAACAAUAACAACAGCAAGUAAACACUGCCCCGAGCGGGGAGACGUCAGCAGACGGAACAGCUGCUCCUCGAGUUCCUCCAGCUCCAGCUCCAGUUUCAGUUCCCUGUCGCUGUUGUCGCCAUCGUAUUCGGUGACGCCGCCGCUGUAUUCGCCUGUGCUGCCCGCCAAGUGAGACCGCAACAACUGGACACUGGUUUAACCAAGGCCAAUGAUGUUGCGUGACACAAGCAUUCCCCCCCUCCCGCCUCUUUCUAAUUCCUCUCUCACUCUCUCAGUCCUGCUGGCGCGUGACCAAGCGAAUUGUUGUAGAACUCUGUACGUAAUUUUAAUGUAGCUUAAAAUUUCUAAGGCCAAUUGUAUGAUAUAAUGAUGUCCAUUACUGAUUAUAUGACCCCUUAACACCUAUCCACUUCCUUGCCCUCUCCCUUUUCCUCUCCUCCCUCCGCCCAUGAAUUGUACAAUUUUAUCGCAUAACUUUUAGACGAUAUACAACAAAAUUGUAGAUUGGUUUUGUUCUUCGGAGAAACACUCACAUACUUAACAAACAAACAACAAAAAAAUGAAGAAAAGAGAUCAUGGCAAAUAUUCUUCACUAAAUUACUAUUUAAAAUAACUAUAAAAUUAAGGCAAAUUUUAGCAGUGUAAGUUAAGCGAAAAGUGAAAAAUUUGAACAAAGUAUUUGUGAAGAAGCAUCAUCAGCAAUACGCAAAAUUUACAUUUAAUUCAUAGUCCCUAAACACAUACAUAUAUAUAAAUACAUAUAUCUAUAGAUAUAGUUGCAUAAUUAUUAUUACCAUAUAUCUAUAUGUAACGAUAACGAUUACACAAUUAUUAUUAUUAUACUUUUUUUUUGUGGUAGCAUUAAUGCGUAAUUUAUAAACACAAAGACACUCACACUCACACACACACACACACACCUACGAAUCGGUUAUUAAGCCGACAUUUAUGCUAUAGAGAGAGUUAAACCAGGUCUAAACUGUCGAACCAACAACUGAAGAACUAAGCUUACAAAACUAUUACUUACAAUUUGUACACCUAAUUGUAACAUUUUGCAUUAACAAAACAAAAAAAUCAAGAAAAAUCAAUAACAUUUUUUUUUAUUUCUAGUAUUUAAGCAUUUUUUUUUCAAAAUCGAUUUUUUUCGCUAUGGCAAACAAAAUAAAAAAACAAAACUUCACUGUAUAGUA